AUGUACUCAUCAAGGAGUAUCAGCCUUGGUGGUGGUUAUUCUAAAGUUGUUUUCCCUUAUCCAAUUAUUCUUUCUCUUUCUCUGCCUUCUAGCAUGCACUUAAUUCAGGUGGACUCUGUUCAGCGAUGGAUGGAAGAUUUGAAGUUAAUGACAGACUGUGAAUGUAUGUGUAUUCUCCAGUCCAAGCCAAUCAGCAUUGAGAAGGAUGAACAAAAUGAACUUAUCCUUUCCUCACAGUAUAACACGUGUGAUAACUUGCAGCUGCUAUUAAAAAGAGCUUGGAUCAUAAGCACAGAGUUGACCAGGAUUGCUCAAAAGCUGGAGAAAAAUAGAUGGCAGAGAGUCCACAGCAUGACAGUAAGAGUCAACUGCCAUGUGCGUUCAAUGAUAAAUGAAUACAAUACAAUCACCAGGAAUUCUUCAAAAGAAAUGCAACAGUAUGAGAAGCUUUUAAUAGACAAGUGCUCAGAAUUUACAGCUUUCACAGAAAGGUGCAUACAAACUGAAGAUGAGCAGCUACUGAAGUCCAUGAAGUCUUGUAUUAACGAGACGCUCACAACCAUUGCUCAGUACUUUGGCCAGUUGAUAGAGCUGGUUUUAACACAUGAGGCACAGAACCUGCUGAGACAAAUAGAAUUGUCAGACAGUGUGUACAUCACUGAGUCAGCGCUGAGUAGCUUGUUCAGCCUUACCCAGGAAGGUGCCCAUCUGUGCCGUAUCAUAGCCAAGGAAGGAGGUGUGGUUGCUCUCUUUAAGAUAUGUCGCCAGGAUUGUUUCAGGUGCCUUUAUCCCCAGACACUGAGAACUCUGGCAUCCAUUUGCUGUGUAGAGGAAGGGAUGCAUCAGCUGGAGAAGGUUGAUGGGAUAUUGUGCCUGGCUGACAUUCUUACUGAUAACACCCAUUCUGAAGCUACUCAUGCAGAAGCAGCAGCAGUAAUUGCACAGAUCACAUCUCCACAUCUCACGUUCACUCAGCAUCUCAGCAACUUUCUGGAAAAUAUGGAAGAAAUUGUAACAGCACUUGUCAAACUGUGCCAAGAUGCCUCAUCUGGUGAAGUUUUUCUGCUGGCUUCAGCAGCUCUUGCCAAUAUUACUUUCUUUGAUACUAUGGCUUGUGAAAUAUUGCUCCAGCUAAAUGCAAUGAAGAUUCUUCUAGCAGCAUGUUCAGACAAACACAUAGUGGAUACUCCAUAUUCCUGAGAUCAGGUGGUAACAAUAUUGGCUAACAUGUCUGUUUUGGACCAGUGUGCCUCAGAAAUCAUACAAGAAAAUGGUGUUCAACUUCUAAUGGAAAUGCUGUUUGAAAGAUCAUCUUCAGGAAAUUCAGCAGAAGUUGCUGCUUGUGAGCGAGUCCAACAGAAAUCUGCUGUUACUCUGGCACGACUCAGCCGAGAUCCUCAAGUGGCAGAUGCAGCCGUGAAACUCAGCUGUAUUCCUCGUCUAAUUCAACUCUGCAGAUCACCAACUGAAAGAAAUAACAGUGAUUCUGUUUUAGUGGCAUGUCUGGCAGCCUUACGGAGACUGGCACUUAUGAAUCCUGAUGGACUUGAAGAUUCAGAUUUUCAGCAGCUAGUAAAGCCUAGGCUUGUGGAUUCUUUUCUGCUAUGCACAAAUAUGGAAGAGAGCUUUGUAUAA